CAGGACUCCUUCCACAACCAUUCAAACAUGGACGAGGCCCCAGCAGCGAGUCUUCCAAAUGGCUCGGAUGGCCAACGGACGCGAUGGAAGUACCUGGACAACAUCCUCAACCGACUUGGUCCUUUCACAGACCCAGAUUGGGAGCAUGGGGAGGCGGCUAUCGAGGGUUUAUCGAGAGCGAAGAUACUUGUCAUCGGUGCAGGUGGAUUAGGAUGUGAGAUUCUUAAAAGCCUUGCGCUCUCUGGUUUUCAAGAUAUUCACGUAAUUGACAUGGACACCAUCGACGUAUCGAACUUGAACCGGCAGUUCCUAUUCCGCCAAGCUGAUGUAGGAAAGUACAAGGCCGAGGUUGCCGCCAAUUUCGUCGAGAAACGAGUUAAAGGCGCCAAAAUUACGCCUUAUUGCGGAAAGAUCCAAGAUAAGGAUGAAGAGUACUACAUGCAGUUUGCCAUAAUCGUGUGCGGUCUUGACAGCAUCGAAGCUCGGCGUUGGAUUAAUGCUACUCUUGUUGGUAUGGUCGACGAACAGAACCCGGAUUCAAUGAAACCAUUGAUCGAUGGGGGGACAGAGGGAUUUAAGGGUCAAGCGAGGGUUAUCUUUCCAACUAUGACCAGCUGCAUUGAGUGUCAGCUAGACAUGCACGCCCCCCGUGCUGCGGUUCCUCUGUGUACGCUUGCAACUAUCCCCCGACAGCCACAACAUUGCAUCGAAUGGGCUCACAUCAUCGCUUGGGAAGAGGAACGUAAGGACAUUACCUUGGACAACGAUGACCCAGAGCACAUUACCUGGCUCUAUCAGAAAGCACUCAAGCGCGCUCAGGAAUUCAAUAUUCCAGGCGUCACUUACUCAAUGACUCAAGGUGUCGUCAAAAAUAUUAUUCCAGCCAUCGCAUCUACCAAUGCCAUCGUUGCUGCCAGCUGCUGCAAUGAGGCUUUCAAGCUCGCCACGAACACCAACCCAUUCCUAGGUUUCCCAGAAACAGACAACUAUAUGAUGUAUACGGGCGAUGAGAGCAUAUAUACAUAUACAUUUCAGCACAUGAAGAAGUCGGACUGCCCGGUUUGCGGCGACGAUAGCAUUGCACGGCCACUGCAGAUUGAUUCGAACUUCACCUUGCAGGAGUUCUUAGACAGCCUAGCAGAGCGGCCAGAAUCUCAACUCAAGAAACCAACAAUUCGGACUGAGGAGAAGUCCUUGUACUAUCAGUUUCCCCCGGAUCUACGGCAACAGACGCAACCGAAUCUCUCCAAGAAGAUCUACGAGCUUGUUGAAAAUGGCGAGGAAGUAGCUAUCACAGAUCCGGCAUUCCCUCUUCAGUUCAAGUACAAGCUCAUAUUCAAGGACUAGGUGACGUCGGUCUGCGUGUAUGAGAUGGUGGUAAGUGGAAAGAAGACCAGCAUUCUCUCGGCGUCACUGUGCUUGGGUCAUAUGAAGGCAUUUUGAAGGAUAGUGCAGAGCGCAAUCAUUGGAAAGGCAGGUCAUAGGUGGCACUCACGUCUAAGCGACCAGAAUACAAUCCAUGACCCAUUACCCGGUUUGCGAAUGGGGUGACAUGGACGUUCUUGUUACAGAUUGAACGUGCGCAUAUGCUACAAGUCUAGUGCUGUUCAUAAUGCUAGUAAUCUCAUACCC